AUGUCGCGUUACAAGCCCAACGCCGCGGACUUCAAGCGGGAGCAGUUCCGCCGGUACCUGGAGAAGUCGGGGGUGCUGGACACGCUCACCAGGGUGUUGGUAGCCUUAUAUGAAGAGCCAGAGAAACCGAACAGUGCACUGGACUUUCUGAAACAUCGUCUAGGAGCUUCAGCUCCUGAAAAUCCAGAAAUAGAGGCACUUCGCUGUGAGGUGGCAGAGAUGAAAGAAAAAUAUGAAGCUGUGUUGGAAGAGAAUAAAAAUCUCAAAAGCAAGCUGGCUCAGUAUGAACCACCUCAAGAAGAAAAGCAUGGUGAAUAGCCAAUAGUUUCUCCUUUAAUGCCUUGACUGAAUAAAGGGCUUCCUGAGAACUGCAGUCCUGACUUCUUUUGUGUGUGUGAACUCUGAAUGCAUACCUAGUUAUCUCACUUUCUUAAAAUGAAAAAAAAAAAAGUCAGUAUCGUGAGUGUACCGCUAUUUUUGUGUAGCUAAAGCAGCAACUGGUGGGUUC